AUUCUUCCGGUUGACCUCAUGACGAGGUUGAACCUGGGUGUGUGGAAAUCACUGCUCACCCAUCUCAUCCGUAUCCUGCAGAAAUCACUGCUCACCCAUCUCAUCCGUAUCCUGCAUAGUCUCGGACUACAAUGCGUCGCAGAAUUUGAUGCACGGCGGGUUCCUCUCUUCAGGCAAAUCAGACCAUUCCGUCGAGAUGCAAUCCACAUGUUCUCCUACAACGUAUCCGAGAUGAAGGGCCGCGGGAUUACGAAGAUGGGUACUGGCAUGCCCAAUCGUUUUCAGUGUAUCAUUCCUGUGAUCGAAGGAUUACUACCCUCACCUGCUAACGAAAUCGUCAUGACACUGCUGUACCGUCUCGCCGAAUGGCAUGCGCUUGCGAAGCUGCGCGUCCACACCGAAGACUCGCUGUCCCGCCUCGAUGCGGUCACAGUCCAAUUUGCAGUGUGA